GAUGAAGUUGCAUGAAGAGAAAGGAAGAAGCUGUAAAUGGCAAAGGCCCACCAAAUAGCGCUAGGGUGCACCUUGGGAAUCAGAAACGCCUUUCAGUCUCUUGCAGCUAUCUUAACCACUAUUCUAGUUGUCACUGCCAUAUAUCUAACACAGGAAGGAGGACAAUGGUUUCAAGAAAGGACCCUCUCGGCUGAAUCAUUAUCAAAAUGCAACUUUUUCUCUGGUAAGUGGGUUUUUGACAACAAAUCUUAUCCAAUUUACAAAGAACAGCAGUGCACAUUCAUGUCAGAUCAACUGGCUUGUGAGAAGUUUGGAAGGAAGGACCUGAGUUACCAGAAUUGGAAGUGGAAGCCCCACCAGUGUGAUCUACCCAGGUUCAAUGCCACAGCAUUGCUUGAGAGGCUAAGGAAUAAGAGGCUUGUGUUUGUUGGGGAUUCACUCAACAGAGGCCAAUGGGUUUCCAUGGUUUGCCUUGUUGAAUCUUCACUCUCCCCUAACCUGAAAUCCAUGAGUACCAUUGCCAAUGGUUCACUCAGCAUUUUCAAGGCCAAAGAAUACAAUGCAACCAUCGAGUUCUACUGGGCCCCAUUACUAGUAGAAUCAAAUUCAGAUGAUCCUGUGAACCAUAAGGUACCAGAUCGGAUUGUGAGAGUAAAAGCCAUUGAGAAACAUGCUAAGCACUGGACCAAUGCAGACAUUCUGGUAUUCAACACUUUCCUCUGGUGGAGGAGGCGUGCAAUGAAUGUUCUGUGGGGGUCAUUUGGAGACACUGGUGGAGUGUUCAAAAAGGUAGAAAUGGUGAGAGUCUAUGAGUUGGCUUUGAGGACCUGGUCCGACUGGUUGGAACUCCAUGUUAAUCCUAACAAGACCCAGUUGUUUUUUGUCUCAAUGUCACCUACUCAUCAAAGGGCUCAUGAAUGGGGAGGAGCUAAGGGUGAGAAUUGUUACAAGGAAACAGAUAUAAUUACAGAAGAGGGAUACUGGGGGAAUGGUUCUGUUCCUAAAAUGAUGCGAGUUGUGGAAAAUGUGGUUGAAGAUUUAAAGGGGAGAGGUUUAGAAGUUCAAAUACUUAACAUCACACAGCUCUCAGAGUACAGGAAAGAAGGUCAUCCAUCUAUCUAUAGGAAGCAAUGGGAACCUUUAACAGAAGAACAGAUAUCAAAUCCAGAAAGUUAUGCAGAUUGCAUACAUUGGUGCCUCCCUGGAGUGCCAGAUACGUGGAAUGAGCUCCUCUAUGCCUAUAUUUUCCAUAGAUAACAGACAUUUAUCAAGUUUGAAAUGUAGUAUUUUACAUGCCAAGUUGGUAAUUUGUUUAUCUUCUAUUUUUCUUUUUCUUUGGCUUUGUUAUCUUAUUUCCUCUUACUAGUAUGGUGAGGAGAGUUGAAGUGUAAAGUUGAUAACCUCUCCUCAUUUGUCUUGAAAAAAUGUGUUCAAAACUGUAAUGAAGUUGCAUUCUACAAUAA